AUGUACGAAGGGAUUGACAACCUGAAAUCCCUUUACGACCGUGCCGGGAAGACUUUCUCCGGCGGUCCUUCUGCGGCACAGGAUGUGCCGCGUCGUACUGCUCAAUUAGACCCAGUACGUCAAUCAUCAGUUGGGAGCGGGGCUCCCAAGUAUCCCAGGACGGGGGAUAGCCGCGCCACCGGACGAGAUAACUCGUCCGACGUCCGUUCACGUCGCGGUGGUUCAACAGCUGCUCAACUAGAUAGCGCUGGCCACCGCGAGAGUCCUCUAAUGGAGGUGGAGGAGGAGGAAAGACGCUCUCCACACGAUCAUGUGGAUCGGUGUGUUCCCGAGAGCUUCUUUGAUCGCGUAACGCAAGGGUUACGCGACGAUCUCGAGCAUGAGCGGAAUAGGCGUCUCCAGAUGGUGGACACUGCCUCGAAGCAUCGAGCUGAGUUUGCCUUUGCUCAGCUUGAGAACGAGAGAUCUCUGAAAUCUCUUCGUGACGAGCUAAGGGUAGCUCGUGGGAUUGUUGAUCGGUCUCGGGCUGAGAUAACUGCUCUUCAGACCCUUGUUGAUGCCCACCAUCGGGAGCACAAGGCUCUCUGCGAGAUGCUUGAGCGCAAGGGCGUUCUUCAUCGGAAGAAGCAGCGUACUGAUGGUACGGCUUAA